CUCCAUCAACAUCCAUUCCCAGGCCUGGCAUUUGGACCUUCCCUUUGCAUGGUCCGCGCAGUGCAGUCGAGUUUACUUGCAUUUCUUUGUCCGCUGGCCUACCCUUCCAAACGUCUUUUGACGUAGAGAGGCGCCCUUUCCUCCCCAGCAAAGAUCUGGCCUGGUGACUCAAAGCCCAGCCCGAUUCCGCCCACUGCAUUGCCGCCUUCUUUCCUUCCCGACUGCUUACGUCCUGUCCUGCCCAGCAGCCUUGCACAACUCCAAAAUCUUUCAUCGACACACUCACACACCCAGCCUCACCAACCCGCUCGUCACCAUGGCGACUACUGCAAUGGAUUAUGAGAACCCUGGAGGAGAUCGUUUCGAGGACGAGGGACCUCGUUAUGACCGUGGUGACAACCGCAGCGCCUCCCCUCGAAGCGACAACGGCCACGAUAGCGCUCGUCGCCGUUCCGCUUCCCCUGCUGCUGGUGGCGACCGCGGCCCGGUCAAGGACGAAGGCGGUGGCUCCAGGGACGGCGAGGGUGCUAUCAACUCCGGCUCCAACCUUUUCGUCACCGGUAUCCACCCCAGGCUGAGCGAGGAUGAGGUCACCCGACUCUUCUCUAAGUACGGAAACGUCGAGAAGUGCCAGAUCAUGCGUGACCCCCACACCAAGGAGUCUCGUGGCUUUGGCUUUGUCAACUUCAUGACCUCCGACGAGGCCGACGCCGCCAGGGAUGGUCUCCAGGGCAAGGAGCUCGAGGGACGCACCCUGAGCAUCGAGAAGGCUCGUCGCUCCCGCCCUCGCACCCCGACCCCCGGCAAGUACUUUGGACCCCCCAAGCGUGAGGGUGGCCCGCCCCGAGGCCGUUUCGGAGGAGACCGUUAUGGAGACGACAGGCGCGGAUACGGCGGCGGUGGUGGCGGCCGCGGAGGUCGCUACGAGGACCGUGGCUACCGUGGCUACCGCGACCGCGACGACCGCGGAGGUGGCUACGACCGCGGCUACCGUGACGACCGCGGAGGUGGCUACGACCGUGGAUACCGUGACGACCGUGGAGGUGGUGGCUACGACCGCGGCUACCGCGAUGACCGUGGAGGCUACGACCGCCGAGACCGAGACUUUGAGGGCGGUGGCAGGAUCGACCGCUACGCCUCCUCGGGACGUGAUGACCGCUACGGCGGCGGCGGUGGAGGAGGCCCGCGAUUCGACCGCCCUCCUCGCGAUGCGCCCGCGCCCGGCGGCUACGGCGAGGGUGCCGACCGUCCUGCGCGCUAGACCUCUCCACCUGGUCAGCCGCCACGUUUUCAUCAUGCAUGGUAGGUUGAAUCGCCUGCUGCGGUCCUGUAGGGUCUGCACGCCUUGUUCAUUUUCUUCGUUCAUGGGAAGGGGAGUGGGUCGGAUAUCAAAAGAACAAUUUGCCACCGAGGAGUUUUGCACGGCACACCACUAGUUAGGCACUCUGCACCUGGGCCUUCUGUGUUUAUUGCAAAUGAGUUGCGAUUUAAUUACCGGGGAUUUCGCGUCGAGACCGGAACGGCCGACAUGCUGGUCUCAAAUCAUUCAUUCGGAAAGCGACGCGAAAUGUGGGGGUUUCCCAGCAGUCGUCUGUAUGCGGAGCAGAUCGGGGACAUUCGGGCCUUGCACAUGACACCAGACUUCACCAACGUUUUCUUCACCUGCACCUGUACGAAUAUCAGUUCUCGUCAUUCCCCCAUCACAGCCUCUGAACGGAUUCGGUACGGCUUUUAGCGGGUAACAACACCCUUCGAAAAUUACAGGGAGAGGGACGUCGUCAACAGAUAGCGCCAAACUUGACUCGGAGCUCAGCAGAACUCUCCUAACAACCACUGUGCCUGCCAACUCACGAUUUGAAUGUCAACAUGAACAACGGGAGAAAACUUCCUAAAAGGUGCAACAAAUUAUGCCACGACCCAGUCAGCAUGUCCACACCCAACUUGCCUUUGUACCCGCUCUCGCCCUGCCGCUUUACGCAAAAUGUGCCAACCUUUGAAAACGUUACGCGAUUUUGCGCUGCUGCGUCAAAACCCACGCAGCAAUCACGGCACCUAUCUCCUGAGCUACAUAGACCCGCACCUGUCAGUCCGUUUGCAGACAAAGCACGUUGCCUCGUUUCCCGCGGGGUGGGAGAGCGUGCUUUGUUUGUCUUGAGGACGGCAGGAGACACACACGGGCGAUGCAUGCUGCACCACCACCACCACCACAGGACGACAAAGUCCAGGGCAAACACACAAAACCACAAUUUUUUGGCGGCACACACUGGAUGGACUCUACCAGGUACUGGAAUGUGGCGUCAAGCCCCCCCCCCCCCAAGGUUCAGUGUACCUACCUACCGCGCCUCUUGAUCGCAGGGGGGGGGGUUUGGGGGGUUUUGCAACAAAAUCAGAUUCAGAUGCGGACGGCAGAACAAAGGCUCGGCGUCGGCAACAGACUCAUCAUCGGGCUGGCUGAAACAUGGCCUGCAUGUUUCGGUGCAAUUAGAGCCGUUCCCCUACGUGGCGUCGGUUGGCCUCUUUUCUUGAGAGAGAGAGAGGAGAGAUGUGGCCUUGCCUCGCCUCUCCUCGCCUCGUACACAAGGUGCGCAGCUGACCCUUCCCCCUCCCCCCUCCCCUCCUCCAAAACACCCACCCAGACCUCAGGGGGCCAACGCGCCCUGUUUCUCUUUCAUGCACGCCUGGCUGGCUGGCUGGCUGGCUGGCUACACAGGCUUGACUUGCACGACAGCAAGCAGGGCUGUGCGGGUUGUUGCCUCAUUGGUGGUUGUCCAUGGGGCCAACUGGCCAACCAACCAACCUACCGCUGGGGCCCCUGGCGAGGCGAGCAGAGCACCGCGGCUCCUUUGUUGAGGGGGCCGCCGCGGGCACUGCUGCUCGAACAACGAAGGUCCACGGGGCGGUCCUCAAUGAGGUGUCAGUCACACGCCUUGCUGUUUUCUUGCCCGCCCCCCUCCCCCGGUGUCCGAUCUCUUGUGUAGGCUUGGAGGGCUGCACCCCCCUCGUCCAUCUGGGGAGCCAUGCUGGCUGUCCCGUGAGCUGUCGGGCCUUGCUGGGCUAUCUAUCGCUCGGCGCAUAUGGGAUACGCGAGCAUGGCUUGUCUCCCUCUUGUCGACGCCGAGGUAGGUAGGUAGGUAAGGUAGGUAAGGUAGGUGGGGUGGGUUGUCUUUUUCUGUCCUGUGUGUCUCUGCAGUGCAGGUCACACGGCUCAUAGUCUUGUUGUUUCCGGGCCUCUGCUUUGCUGCGUUCAAUUGUGAUGUCUCUCGGAUCCGAGUUGGAUCUGCCCUUGUUUAUAUGCCGCUGACGCAACGCAAGGAAGGCUUCAUUCAUGCCAAGACGGUUUGUUCCUGCCCCGUCGUCUGGGAUCUUGUAUGGGAACGCGUGGAAGAGUCAAAAAGUAGCUCGAGAAUCAAUAUAGGAAUCUGAUUGUGAUUUACGGGAAGAGUGCUCUUUCUUGACGCUGUCGGUGACUGUUAGGACGAGGAGUGAGGGCUUGUCAAUGUGCGACUGCCUUGACGUAGUAAAUGUGACGUGGUUCCGCUUCUAUUUCGUAAGGGUCUGAAGCCACACGCAGCGCCUUCAAAAGUUUAGCAAUGAGGAUGUUGGUAGUAGUGACAAUAGUAGUCAUCAUCGUGAGCGAGCGUGCCAACGUCACUGUCACUCACUUUCACUUUGUCACUGUCCGGCAAGAUCUCCUUGGGAAGAGAAAGAAAG